UGUUUUUGCAGUUUUUCACAGUCUCACAGUUACAACCUUUGCAGAAUCCCCAUGGCCGUGUGAUCAAAAUUCAGAUCCUUGGCAUCUGGUAAAUAGUUAUAUUUGUUGCUGUCUUCCAGGAUCAUGUGAUCACUGUUUGUGAUCUUCUGACAAGCAAAGUCAAUGGGGAAACCAGAUUCACUUAACAGUUGGGUUACAAAUGUUACGAUGUCAGUGAUUCACUUAACAAUUGUAGCAAGAAAUGUCGUUAAAUGGGGCAAAACUCACUUAGCAAAUGUCUCACUUAACAACAGAAAUGUUGGGCUCAGUUGUGGUAAACUGAGGACUACUUGUAAUUUGUAAGUGUGGGCCUUUUUACAUUUUAUAAGUCUACUUUUAUUUGUUUAUUACUCUUCUUGGCUGCCUCAAGUGCUAUUCUCUGCAAAAACAGUGAAAUGUAAAUUAAAGAAACAAUGUUGAUCUACCAACAGCUAUUCUUUUCAGAUUCAUCAUGAUACUAAAGUGAUUUCAUGAUGAAAUUCGGAGGCAAACUCAAUCGCAAAGAAAACUUUGGAUUGGGGCUAAAAUGUUUGAAGGUGUCAGGAAAUCGUUGUUGUUAGUUACGAAGUCGUGUCCCACCCAUUGCGACCCCAUGGACAACAUUCCUCCAGGCCUUCCUGUCCUCUAUCAUCCUCUGGAGUCCAUUUAAGCUCACGCUUAUUGCUUCAGUGACUCCAUCCAGCCACCUUAUUCUCUGUUGGCCCCUUCUUCUUUUGCCCUCAAUCGUUCCCAGCAUUAGGCUCUUCUCCAUUGAGUCCUUCUUUCUCGCGUAGCGCGUGCACUUCCAAACCAGUAAGGAAGGUAAGUAGAUUUCACCCCUGGUUCAAAGGCCUCAAUUCUUUGGCUCUCAGCCUUUCUUAUGGUCAGUGGUGGGAUUCAGCCAGUUCGUACCACUUCGGGAGAACCGGUUGUUAGCUGUCUGAGCAAAUUGGCAAACUGGUUGUUGGAAGAAAUCAUUAGGGCAGAGAACCGGUUGUUAAAUUACUUGAAUCCCACUACUGCUUAUGGUCCAACUUUCACAGCCAUAUAUUGCAACUGAGAAAACCAUAGGCUUGAUUAUACACACUUUUCUUGGCAGGGUGAUGUCUCAGCUUUUUAGUAUGUAUUUAGUAAGUCAGGAAAUAAAAGAAGAUAUUUAAAUCCAGGGAGACCAUUUUUUCAUUUAAAACGACAGCAUUGCCAAUUGCCUAAGCAAAUCUGUUUGCAAUUUACCACUGAUUGAAUAUGAGAAAUUCUACAUACCUUGUCAAUGUCUUUAAUUUUUCACCUUUAUUAUUAACGUUAUGAGUUUGGAUACUUACUUCAGUUAACAAAAAUCCAAACUCUGGCUCUGUCAAUGUCAGGAUGAGAAGAGGAAUGCCUUUCUCGUGAUUAGCUUCUCCAGCCAGCCAGUAGGUGGGUGUGUUUCACAGAAGAAAGCAGUAGUCAGCCUCCUUCAGUCCCUAAUUAGCUCAGCCAACAACAAAGUUAAGUGAGCCAGGGAGGGAGACCCCCUAAAGGGACUUUUGAAUCUGGCCAAUGUCUGAUUGGCAGAUGUUGAAAGGGAUUCGUUGGUAAUCCAGUUCAUCAAUGAGCUGCAUAAAUUCAAGACAGGACUGGAAGAAUUCCGGCAUGUGGACACUUGGCGGGGGCAGUCUGGUAAAAGGCAGCUCAAGAUGGACAGAACUUUGGAAUCUCUACAGCACAUCAUUUCUCAAGUCCUGCCUCACAGAGACCCUACAUUAGCAUUUAAAGACUUGAACGUUGUGGCAAUGCUUCAGGAAUUCUGGGAGAACAAACAGAAACAGAAAGGUGUAUUUUCAAGUGAAGGCACUGUGGUAUACGAGUCACUAAACUUGCCUGGGCCUCCAUUUGUAAGUUAUGUCACCCUGCCUGGAGGAAGCUGUUUUGGUAACUUUCAGUGUUCCCUGAGUAGGGCAGAAGCACGGCGAGAUGCUGCAAAAGUGGCUCUUAUCAAUUCUCUGUUCAAUGAGUUGCCUUGUCGCAGGAUCACAAAGGAAUUCAUUGUGGAGAGUGUCCAGGAAGCUGUGUCUUCCACCAGUGGUACUUUAAAUGAUGCAGAUGAUCCAAGCACAAGUAUUGGAGCAUAUCACUAUAUGCUAGAAUCAAACAUGGGGAAAACAAUGCUAGAAUUUCAGGAGCUUAUGAUCGUGUUUCAACUUCUGCACUGGAAUGGAAGCCUUAAGGCCCUGCGUGAAACUAAGUGUUCUCGGCAAGAAGUGAUUUCCUACUAUUCCCAAUACAAUUUAGAUGAACGGAUGAGAAGUCAUAUGGCACUGGACUGGCUCAUGAAAGAGCAAGAAAUUCCGGGCAUUAUAUCACAAGAGCUACAAGUGGCACUUAGAGAGCUCGAAGAAGCAAGGAAAGCCGGACAAGAGUUGCGGUUUUACAAAGAAAAAAAAGAAAUCCUUGGCCUGGCACUGAGUCAGCUGUAUAGCGAUUCUGCAACUACCUCUUCAAAUGAUGAUCACAUGAGCCUAGCCCUCAGUGGCUAUCGUUAGCCUACAUUUGAGAGAUGGCAUUAUUGUAUGGCUGCAUCUUGGCUAUUCAGAUCAAUAGGAAGUAACUGUUUACCUUACUUAGUGUACUGUAUAAUGUACUAAAUUGAAAAUCUCAGAUUUCUUCCUUGAUGAGAAGAAAGUAUCCCAAGUACAAAAGAACUCCUUGUAUAUCAAACUAAAGUUCCCAGGAACUAAGGAAAGGACGUAGGCUUCAGUUUAUCCUGCUUUCAUCAGAUGGGCAAUGCCUAAAAGUGACAAUACGAUCUGAGAAUGGACCGAGGGACUUUUUGUAGUAGCUGUUUAAGUAAUAAUAACAUUUAGGCUUCUAAAUUCUUUAAGAAGAAGCACAGUUAGUUCAGCAUUGUUGAUCAGAGCUUUUGGUGUACUAAUUGAGUUUAUUCGUUGGGGAGACAUUUGAGAAAGAAGUAAUAUCCUUGCAAUAGGCAAAAAAACCAAAAUUGUGUAAAUUUACUAGUCUUUUUAAAUAGAGAACAAUAAAGUUUUCAUAUUAAAAAUAGUGACAUGCUCUCAAAAAACCAAUGAAAUAAUUUUAAAAUAUACUUAGUUGUAGCAAAUCUAUAUCAAUUACUUUUGACCUAAGAAAGAGUGGGGGGAACCUCAGGUAGUUGAAAGAAGCCAACUUUGGUCUAAUUUGCUAAAUAAAUUAGGGAAAUAACAUGUAAGCUUGUUGCCGCUGGAUAAAGAAUCAGAUGGCUGCAUUGAUUGCUAGACUAUUUUAUUUUCCUAUGCAAAUCAGAGAAAGAAGGCGAUAUCGUUGAACCACAAUUGAAAUAACUACACAUCUUAUUCAAAAUUCCCAUACAUAAACAGGUUCUGUAAAUACUUAGCAGGGUAAGACUGGCUGCUAUAUCAACAUAAUGUCAAAUCAAUGCUGGAAGAGUCAGAAUAAUACUGAAGUGUAUAGCUACCAGAUCUGGACUGCAGAAAUUCGAAUUCGGAUUCCUUAAAAUGGAUGCAUCUGUUUUCAGGAUUGCACAGAAGCCUCAAAAAAAGACAGAUUGCUCUGCAAGAAUAGCAGAGAGAAGCUGUUCUCAUGCAAACACUUUGGAGUCACUUCUCAGGUGUUCUCAGCUUUACUGACUGUCAUCACCACCACUACAACAAAAAAAAAAUCACAUGUAUUUUAGCUUUGAAAACAGUAAUUUAGAAUCAUUCAGCAUAUUUCCUGGAACCAUAUUUUCCAUCUAUCUACACAUGAAACAAUGUGAAUGUGUACAAUGUGUACAAUGAUAAUGUAACAAUUGAAUUUUAAUCUGCUUUUAAAAUUGCCUUCAAGCAAAAUUAUUCAGUGCUACUAGCAUUUCAUUCAUCAUGGAUUUCUGAUUUAGCAGUAAUCUUGGCUGAUUAGCUCUUCACUGUUUCUGUAUCACAAUACAUUGUUUAUCAAGCACAGUCCGGACAAUCUACUCUGAUUGUCAGAUGCAGCGUGGCUAUCCAUAACACAAAAGAGUCAUGUAUAUUAUUAUAUUAUUGUGAAUAACCUUAUAUUCACAACAUUGCCACAAAAUGAUAUAUAGUAGCAUAUCAAGUAAGUUGAGGGCUUUUUUUUUUAGUGUUCAUCUACAAUUGUCAUCCUUGUGCUACAGCAAAUUAUUUUAGUAUUAAAAUAAGAUGCGUUGUCUAUACAGAAUUACAAGAAUGUGCAAAUGAAGGAACCAUCAUAUUAAAAAUGGCUAUUGUGUAUUUCGUAUUCUGUUUGAUCAUCUUCGUAUGUAGAAUUUGGACAGUAAUUCUGUAAAAUAAAGUGUUCUGAAAAUAAAACAAAUGAAUGUUUGGCAUAUAUGGAAAACACAGAA